CCGCCUCUCUCUCUUUACUCCUGCCUCGUAGCAGCAGGUUGUCAGCUCGCCCUCGGGGGGGGAGGAACUGUUGGAUGCUGCUGAACACACCCUUUGCACUUGGCUGUGUUUUCACAUCAGCGUUGACUAACAAGCUGAACAAUAUCCGAGCCUUCAACAAAUAUGUGGCGUAGUGCCGGCUGACCGCAUCCGCUUGAGGUAACAGUGAUGGCAGGGGAAAGGAUGUCUGUGCAGCUGGCUGUAGUGGUGGUCCUCUCAGUGCUGCUGACAGGAGCAACCCAUGCCGGGCCUGAGAUGGACCCAUACAAAAUCUUAGGAGUAACCAGGUCCGCAAGCCAAGCUGAGAUCAAGAAGGUCUAUAAGCGUCUUGCAAAAGAAUGGCAUCCGGACAAAAACAAGAAUCCAGGUGCUGAGGACAUGUUCAUCAAGAUCACCAAGUCUUAUGAGAUCCUGUCUAAUGAGGACAAACGUGCCAACUAUGACCGUUACGGACAGACUGAUGACACCCAGCCAUACGGCGGCAGCCGCCAUGGUCACCGCCAUGACAGCUUUUACUUCGACGAGUCCUUCUUCAACUUUCCUUUUAACAGCAAGAACCACAGGGACUUUGCUGACAGCAAGUAUAUAUUGCACUUUAAUCAGUAUGUCAACGACGUGGUGCCCGACAGCUACAAGAGGCCGUACCUGAUAAAGAUCACCUCUGACUGGUGCUUCAGCUGCAUCCACAUUGAGCCUGUGUGGAAGGAGGUGGUGCAGGAGAUGGAGACUCUAGGUGUCGGAAUAGGUGUGGUAGAUGUUGGCUAUGAGAGACGGUUAGCCAAUCACCUCGGCGCUCAUCGUACCCCAUCAAUACUCGGCGUCAUCAAUGGCAAAGUGACGUUUUUCCAUUACGCUGUAGCAAAGGAGCACCUGAGGCAGUUUGUAGAGGACCUUCUUCCUCAGAGACUUGUGGAGCGGGUCACCGACACGAAUGACCUGCAGUUCCUGAACAGCUGGCAUGAGCUCAACAAGCCACAUGUGCUUCUGUUCGACCAAGUGCCUGUAGUUCCUCUACUGUACAAACUGACAGCUUUUGCUUAUAAGGACUACUUGCAGUUUGGCUACGUGGACCAGGGUCUUUCAGAGACCGCCAAUCUGCAGAAACAGUUCAACAUUAACACCUACGCUCCGACCAUGCUGGUCUUCAAAGAGAACACUGACAACCCUGCUGACAUUAUACAGGCCAAAGGAAUGAAAAAGCAAAUUAUCGAUGAGUUCAUGGCAAACAACAAAUUUCUCCUCGUGCCACGGCUGGUCAAUCAGAAGCUCUUUGAUGAGCUCUGUCCUGUCAAACAGUUCCAUAGACGCAGGAAAUACUGUGUCCUGCUGAUCACAGGUGACGAAGAGACCUUUUCUUUUGGGAACCAGGCAUUUCUUUCAUUUGCCUCUACCAAUGCCAGGGAGGUUGUGAGAUUUGCCUAUGUGUACCAACGGCUACAGCAACCUCUUUGUGACAUCCUCAUGCAGAACAAGGACAGUGAACAGUCCCUAACACAGGUGGUGAUCCUGGAGAGGCGUAACGCUGCAGGCAAGGCCUUUUUCAAGCCGGUGACGGCCUGGAACGGCAGCGAGGAAGACAAGCAGCGUCUACUGGAGGAGUUGCAGCGACUUCAGAAGGACCCGUCCAUCCUCAUCCAUGACGCCAUGCUGCCUGAGCUCAACAACGAGUUUGCCUCUAUGUUUGUAAUCCGAUGGAUCUAUGCAUCUUAUGAUUACCUCUCUGAAGUCAUUGAUGAUAUUCUGCAUAACAACUGGCGUGAGAUGAUGCCUCUUCUGUCCCUCAUCUUCUCUGCGUUGUUCAUCUUGUUUGGGACUGUGGUCAUUCAGGCCUUCAGUGACUCAAGUGAUGAUAAGCAGACUAAGCCAAAAGCAAAAGAUGGAACAAAAGCAGAAAACGGGUCACCAGGGACUGGUAGUAGUUCAAGUAGUCGGCCCCCCAAGAAGAAUUUUGUGGAGGUGACGGAGCUGACGGAUAUCACCUACAUGAGCAACCUGGUGAAGCUGAGGCCGGGACACAUGAACAUAGUGCUGGUUCUCACUGACGCCUCCAAGAACAUCCUACUUAGCAAGUUUGCCAAAGAGGUCUACUCCUUCACAGGGAGCCUGACGCUGCAUUUCUCCUUCCUGAAUAUUGACAAGCACAGCCAGUGGAUGAACACUCUGCUGGAAUACGCCCAGGACGCCACGCAGAUUGAUGCGGACGAAGAUGACGGGGGAAACCACAAGAUGGACUACACCGGCUACGUGCUGGCACUUAACGGCCACAAGAAGUAUCUCUGUCUGUUUAAGCCCGUCUACACUGGGGAAGACCUUGAGGGUAAGUCAUCUGAAGAUGAAGGGAGCACUUCAGGCGGUAGGUCGAGGUCCAGUUCCCGCGACGACCACCCAUCGCGCAAAUCCAACCGAUCCCGCAGCAUAUCCACCCUGCAGAUCCAUCACAAACUGGACCGCCUGGGGUUGUGGAUGGAAAGGCUCAUGGAAGGCACUUUGCCUCGUUACUACAUCCCCGCCUGGCCAGGACUAGACAAAAUCACCCCCAGUAAAUAGACAGAGGCGAGUUAGGAAGGACUUAGUAUUUAACUGCUGUUACACUUCCCUCAUCUUAGGCUAGAAAUGCCUUUCUUGCACUUGAGAUAUUUCAUAGUUAUAGAAAUCUUUUAAAGUUGGGUCAAUAUUACAAACUUGGCUUUAGUGCAACUACUGUGGGACAGGUCCUUUUAGUAUACCCCUCUUACACUCAUCGCAUGCUGUUUUAAAUAUAUUUUAUUCAGGCAAAUGCUGCUGCUACAGCCUUGUGAACAGAAAACAAAAUCACUGUGGCCCCCUGUACCCUCCUGCUCUCAUAACCAUCACUCAUAUCCACACACACACUGAAGGAGGCAGGACAACUACCUUUGUCUUCAUUGAUGAAUACUGUGAAUAGAGGUGCAUGUCUAUAACACUAAAUGUCCUUUUUAUGCAUCUCAGCUCUUUUUUGUUUUCUCCUGAAUGCUGGCUUGCUUGUGCAAUAUAGCAUACUGCUGUAAUGACAAUGCCUUUUACCUUGGACCUCAAAGAGUUUCCCCAUGUUCUUCCUAAACUUGUGAUUGCAUUAAAGGAAAUACUUGUCAUGUUACACGGAAACUGUUGGGGUUGUGGUUUAAAAUGUACUUCACUACAAGCAAGAAUUGUUUAGGUCUAUUUAUCAACCUCAGUUAGCCAGUAGCUUUAUGUAGCAUAAGAUAAUGAACAAGCUGUCCAUCUCAUUCUCUGAAUGUUUUUCCAAAUAGCCGCGAUUGACUGACAUCAUCAUUAUGUCAUCUUGAAUUAUGUAGACAAAAAAGUAAAGUCGAGCUUACUGUGUGCUUGCUUGGUUUAUUAACUCGUUUUGUCAACAUUAAGUGUAAAAAUGUCAUUAAUGUAAUUUUGACGGUACUAUGUGAUGUAAAUAUUGUACAUAAUCAUGUUAUCUAUAGGACCUGGAUUUGAAAGAGUAUGUAAACUUGAAAGAUUUGUUUGAAUGUUUUACACGGAAUUAUCAAAAUCUUUUUCUUUGUUUUCCUUAACAAGUUAGUGUAAAAAAAAAGAAAAAGAUCUGCUACUGUCAGAUGUUUCAGGUGGUCCUCAGUAAUGCAUUUACCCUCUUGUUGGUUGUAAUAAAAUGCUUUAUGUUUGUUAAUUAAAACAGAAAAUGUAAAAA